CGUAAUCUACAAUGCUAUACGACACCGGGAUCCUGCAAUUGAGUGUUUCCCAGGUCAAGUAUCUGGGAUCUACUACUGUACCUCAAAGCCUCAGCCGUCACCAAGAACCACGCGGAUGACUGGUCGGCAACUGUUCAGUGUGAGACCCAUGUCUCUCUCUCUUACACGCACCUUUGUAGCUUGGUACCUGACGAAUGCCCAGAGUACCGGAUGGGCCAUGAUACUUGGGACAGAGUGGCUUCUUGCAUGUUCGAGAAAGAACAUCCAUGCAAUUGGGCUGCGUUGUAACCACAAUCCAGUAGCCUCCCCUCCCGACGUCAUAAACACUUGUCUCGCUCGAUGCUGUCGGCACCGCCUGAUCUACAAUCAGGCAUUCCUAUCCCUACAGAUCGAUCCAUCUCAACGAUACUGGCUCUGCCCAAAGGUACAAACUGAGUUUGAGCAUCUGUACAUAUAUACAUCGCCAUGCUUCUGAUCAGGUCAUCUUUUAUCCCACAAGGCAGUGAAGAGCACAGGCUCACUUGAUAUCAUGGCGGACACCAAGACCGACGACCUAUCACCAGAAGCCAGCGUUGACUUUCUGUACAGUGUGAUCGGAGUGUCACUACCGAUCCAACUACUUUUU